AUGGAGCGGUUGAUAUCAUUAUGUGUCCGACCGGCCGUGGGCAUUCGCGCCGCAACCGCUAUUAGAAGAACGGCCGGCAACUCCUGGUGCCGAAUCCCAACUCGAGGGUUUGCCAGUCAAAUUCCACCAGGACAACAAUCAGCUCCAACCGCCACACGGAGCUUAAGAUGGGAUACCAAAAAUACAUCUACGAUCAUUAUCAUCGGGACGCUUGCCGUUGCAUAUGGCUCGGUCCCGAUGUAUAAGAUGAUAUGUCAACAAACCGGCUGGAACGGCCAGCCUGUUUCAACGCAUCUUACAAACACCGAUACCUCCUCCCGCGUCAUACCGGUCACGGACUCCCGCCGCCUUCGGAUAACGUUCAACGCAUCCGUGUCAGACGUGUUGCCUUGGAAAUUCACUCCUCAACAGCGUGAAGUGCGUGUCCUUCCGGGUGAAACUGCGUUAGCCUUUUACACCGCGUCGAAUAAAGGUGACCAGGAUAUUAUUGGUGUUGCAACAUACAGUGUAACUCCAGCUCAGGUUUCGCCUUAUUUCAGCAAGAUCCAGUGUUUCUGCUUUGAAGAACAGAGACUGAAUGCUGGAGAAACCGUUGAUAUGCCUGUUUUCUUCUUUAUUGAUCCGGAUUUUGCCAAAGACCCUGCCAUGAAGGGGAUUGAUACCAUCACGUUAUCAUAUACCUUUUUCAAAGCCCGAUAUGAUAAAGAUGGUGUUUUACGGCCAACACCCUAG